AUGCCCAAUCCCAAAUCAAAAAUCAACCCCCUCACAACCCCCACAACACCAAUAGCGCUCCAACCCACCCACCUCCUCUCCCCACCCGCAGACCUCCUAACCAACACCGCAACAACUCUAACAAUAACCCCAACCCAAGACACCAAGCCCCCCUCGCCGACCUUCACAGUCCACCGCACCCGCACACACGAAGCCCCCGAUAGCCCAGAUCGCAACAUCCUCCUCUACACCGUAUUCGGAAAACCCUGGCCAAACACGAACCGCAUAAUCUACGACGCAGAGGGCGCGCCAGUGCUCGUCUUACGACGGCAUUGGUUAUCUAGUGCACGGAAAUGGAGUGUCAGACUUCCAAAUCAGAACCAGUCCACGGAUCUGUUAGUUGCUUCUAUACCAUGGGCCACGGAUGGAUCCGGGUCUAGAGUUGGGGGUGGGUGUAGGCUUGAAGUGCGGUUUGUGAAUGCGCUUGCCGUUAGGUCGUCUGAAGUUACAGGGAGUGGGAGCGUGGGAUUGGCUGUCCCAGAUGAACCGCCGCCUUAUAGUGCUGUUUCUGGUGUUGGUGAAGAGCGCGGUAGUGGAGGGAAUACAGAUGCGGGUGUGGUACAGAACGAGAAAGAGAUACAUCCACCACUCCCCGAUUCACGUUCACGGGAUGAUCUCGCUCGGGAUUCACCAUCACCGAGGCAUACGCACUCUCAUUCUAUUCUUCCGUCUUAUGACUCUGUCCGUCGGGACUCGCCUAAUUCCCUACGAGAUCUACUUGAUGCGAUUGAGCCGCCGCAAGAGCCGGCGCCGGCUUUGCCGUUUUCUUCGUCUUCAUUGCAGAAUGCUAGUCUUUGUCCGGGGCUAGGUCUAGCGCAGACAAACACAGAAGACGUAUUCCGCGGCUCAAAAGUUGAGUUGAGAGUGAUGCAGCUAGGUGGGUCUAGUACGAGUGUGAUGAUGGGUAAUCAGAAGAUCAUGCACAUCACGCGACACAACGUGAUUGAUUAUAGUAAAUCCAAGGUAAAAUCCAGACCGAAGUGGGAGGUUGAGGUUUCCGAGGGUGUUGAUUUGUUACUGGCAGUGAACAUUGUGCUGAUCAUGGCCGAGUCUGUGUCUCAGAAUAAAUGGAGGUAA